CGCUCCGGAAGGCAGGUACGGAGGCCUGUUCGGCGCCGUGCGCUCGCUGGUACAGAGUUUGUCCCCAUUAUCCCGAGCCCGGUAUCGCUGGGCCUUUCGUCCCCGUCGUCGUUCUCUCGGCAUCCCGCGGUGAUGAGAGCUCUCGGCUGACGGCGUGAAGCUUGACGCUCGCUUCGCGAAAAGCACGGUACGCAAAGAGGGAGUUCGGGACUGUGCACGGAGGUUUCCAUGCCUCGGAGGAAAGGGUGCUCAUGGGUGUGCCGGGCCGGAAGAUGACUUUAUCCAUAUCGCUGUCGACGAUGUUCAACGCAUUCUGCCAUCCCGUCAUAGCAUCGAGCAUCCCUAAGUGCGCCGGCUGCGAGAAACCCAUCCUGGACCGGUUCAUCCUCAAGGUGCUGGAGCGGUCGUGGCAUGCGCGCUGCCUCAAGUGCGCCGACUGCCAGGCGCAGCUGGCCAACAAGUGCUUCGCUCGCAACGGGCACGUCUACUGCAAGGACGACUUCUUCAAGCGAUACGGCACCAAGUGCGCUGGCUGUGAGCUGGGCAUUCCGCCGACGCAAGUGGUGCGCCGCGCGCAGGACAACGUGUACCACUUGCACUGCUUCGCCUGCAUCCUGUGCAAGCGGCAGCUGAACACGGGCGACGAGUUCUACCUCAUGGAAGACAACAAGCUGGUCUGCAAGGCCGACUACGAAGCGGCCAAGGCGCGCGAGGGCUCCAGCAAGCGGCCGCGCACCACCAUCACGGCCAAGCAGCUGGAGACGCUCAAGAGCGCCUACAACAACAGCCCCAAGCCGGCGCGCCACGUGCGCGAGCAGUUGUCGCAAGACACUGGGCUCGACAUGCGCGUCGUGCAGGUCUGGUUCCAGAACCGGCGCGCAAAGGAGAAGCGCCUCAAGAAGGACGCCGGCAAGACCCGCUGGGGAGACUUCUUCCGCUCCUCGUCCGGCGCCACCAUCAAGCGAGACGUCAAAGACCACCCAGAGGACUCUGAGCCGUUCGGGCUGACCGGCAGCGACCCUGAGGGCUCCCCGGGCCAGCAGUCGGGCCACAGCGGCGCCUCGUCCUACUUCCCGGCCAGUCCCGGAGGUCAGCUGGGGCCCCACUUCGGCCUUCCCAGCGACCAGUUCCCGGGUCGCGGAGACGACACCUACGGCGAGUUCCCGCCCAGCCCAGCCUCGUGGCUUGAGGACAUGGACAGCACGCCUUCGUCGGCGAACUUCUGAGCCCCGCAGGACCGUGUAGCGGGGUUAACCCAAGCGCGCGCUAUCGGCGCGGUUCACGCUCUCCCCCGGUUUCGUUGUUCUGCUGCUGGCGGCCGCGCAGCAGUCGGCGCAGUCGCGAGGUCCUGCGCUCAAGGCGACAGUAUACCAAGGAGCGUGCGGGCGGCCCUGAGCACUGUCCCCUGCUGCUGAUGCUGCCAGUGUCAUGCUCACGACGUGGGCAGGGUGCGGUCAAUCUUACUCUGAAAACUCUCGAGGUAGCAAUUUCAAUCAGAGCUUAACUGUCCGCAGCCAGGGCCACUGUAUGCGACUCUGGCACGGCCUCGUUGUAAAGUAUUUGUGCGUGUCGCAGAAGCAGUUUGCGUGAUGAAUACCUGGCGAAGGGCACACUCAGGUACCGAGAAGUGAACACGUAUAUAGGAUGGACGCGCCUCUGACUAGGGCCCGUUCAGCGAAAUUCUUUUUCGUUAACAAGACACCUAAGAAGAAGAAAAGAUAGAAUGUUUGUUACCUUUCAUGACACUGUUUUCUUUUGCUCACUUUCAUCUUUCAAUUCUCUAUAAAGAGCGCUGCCUUCUCUAGCGCAGCUACGAGAAUAGGCAAAAGGAAAGAAUCUCACUUGUUGUAAAAUUUAGCUCGCUUUUAUGAAAUGCAUGUUGGAUGUUGCAUGUAAGCACCGGCCAACCCACUUGAGUGCACGAACAGACAUACACGACCGGGCAACUGCAACGCUCAAUUCUGUUGUACGCUGUUCCUGUAGCAGGUGCGUCGUACUUGUCGAUCCGCAUAUUCUUAUCUUGAAUGUGUCUGACCAACUUGUAAACGUUUUCCGCGCCGUACCACGGGGGGGGGGGGGGGGGGGUCAUUCUGUAAAUGUACCUAGUGGACAUGCCCAUUUUGUCUGCUGUUGAAGUUCUGAUUGGUUGGGCUGGGGUUCGCGUCAGAAGGAGCCAGGCGCCCCCAGCCAAUCACCAAUUCAGUAGCAGACGAAAUGGACAUGUCCACUAAACCGGACACUUACAGAACAACAGACACUUUCUGUUUUCUUUUUUUAUUAUGGUAGCAUGGAGCGGAUGAAAAGAAAUCUUACGGGUUGGCAUCUCUUGAAUUGUCACAGACGCAAGAGAUACAAUGAUGGCCAGACUAAGUAAGUUCGGUCAGUUAAAAGCGCACUUAAUCUUUAAAUGCUAGCUCUGCGGUUUUCAAUUCACUUUAGUUCUAUACAAAAUUACUGAUCCGAUGGGAUGCUGUUAUCUCCUGCGCUCUCGACUCAAUAAACCAGUGUUGCGGCUU